AUGUUUCGACGAAAGAAGCCUGAAGUGCCCCAUGCCAAAGCUGAGGAAGCAUCUGGCAAGGACGAUAAGCCAGAGAUCAAAGUCAACAAAGCCUCUCACAAGCGCUGUUAUUGUUUCCUGAUCUUUUUUGUGUUGGUCUUUGUUUAUUGGAUAUCUCCUCCUCUUGUGGUCAAGCAACCCCCCCUUCCCGAAAUUUUGCAAGGGACAGUUCAAGAUUUGAUCAACAAGAUAUCAAUCUUUGGGGAUAUCGAUGCAUCGCAAUAUUUAUCGCAGGAUCUGCUCGCUAAAAAUCUAUCGGCAAUGUUUGAAGACAUGGCGGGGCGCAUGGGAAACAAACCUCAAAUUGCAGAUGAUAGCUUCAGUGUUGGAUCAAAACUCAUUGAUGAGGAAGGACUGUCAAAGGUCAAACAUCCAGUGGUUUUCAUACCAGGACUGGUCUCAAAACUAUUUCCGAAAAAAGCUUUGGGGCACAAUGAACCAAAUUUCGGCCAUCCUGUCAAGCUAGAUCCAAAAACGGGAGGAGAUCCACCAUCGGGCUUCAAGCUGAGAGCCUCAUUAGGACUUGAUUCUGCUGAUUAUUUGUUUCCUGGUUAUUGGGUUUUAGCAAAGCUUAUAAGCAACCUGGCUGCACUCAAAUACGACUCUAACUCUAUGUUUGUUAUGGGUUACGAUUGGAGGUUGUCAAUGAAAAAUAUGGAGCUUAGAGACCAUCUUUUCUCGCCAGCUGGUGGAAAUGCAGGAGAGAGCUGGGCGGAACAAUAUCUAUACUCUCAUGUCGACAUUUCAGGUCCCUUACUUGGAGUUCCAAAGGCAGUCUCUGCUUUGUUGUCUGGAGAGACGCGUGACACGGCACAGUUUUCUUCGCUGGCCACGAAUGUUUUGGAGCGGGCAUUCUCACGACGAGAGAGGACUGAUUUAUUUCGAAGUUGGGGCGUUCUUCCUAGUAUGAUACCCAAGGGUGGUUCUGCAAUUUGGGGAAACUUGAAUUUACCAUCUCUCGACGAAGAUCCAAAUAAAAUACCCUCUUUCGCGGCCAUGUUGGCUAUCCGCGGCACUAGGAAUCUAGAUCUAGAUGUUGAUGCAAGUAUAGCUUAUCUAAUCAAGGAAGUAGGUGAUCUGUAUUGGACGAAAGAGCACCAGUUCGGUAGCGCCCAAUCUUCCAAUGAAGCAGAACACGCACGAAAUGAUGAUACGGCUUGGACAAACCCUUUAUUGGCGCCAUUGCCAAGUUUCAAAACAAACUACACCAUUUACUGUCUUUAUGGAAUUGGAAAGCCAACCGAAAGAAAGUAUUUUUACACGGCUGAAAGUGAAGGAAGCAGCUGUGUUCCAUCAGAUGAUACAAACCACUGCCUCGAUGAGAAAGCUGUCGACGCUGAAGGUGUCACUCAUGCUAUCAAUACCAGCAUGAACGCAGACACUACCAUUGAAAACGGAGUAGAGUUGAGCGAUGGCGAUGGUACUGUGAAUUUACUCUCGUUGGCGUAUAUGUGUGCGAAGGGAUGGAGGUCAUCAAAGAGUGUUGUCAAUCCUUCACGAGUUCGUGUGGUGUCUCGAGAAUAUCUGAACGUGGUCAGUCCCUCGCUAAAUUCCCGAGGUGGGCCGGAGUGCUCGGACCAUACCGAUAUCCUGGGAAAUCAUGGAGUGAUUGAGGAUGUCCUGAGACUCGCCACAGGUGAAAAUUUAGAAGAUAAAUGGGUGGAAGGUGGAGCUCAAACCUGGGUCGAGCCGUGA